UUUUCAUUUUCCGGCUUUUGUUUCCAUUGCUUGUCUGUUUGGCGUCGAAUUCCCUUCUAUUCCGACACACUCUCGAGCUGCGUUUCUCCUUCUCCAAUGGCGGAUGAUGGCUCGGCAUCUCUCAGAAGAGACCCUAUCAAGUCUUCAGUUGGGAAUAUCGCGGGGCAAAGAAGGCGGCAGCAGGCUGUGACUGUGGCAAAAGAAAGGAGGGAGUCACUGGUUAGGGCAAAACGGCUUUGUAGAGUCGGGACUAGUGGUGAGGAUGAGCACUUUGAGAAUGAGAUGAUCAUUGACGAAGAGCAGCCACUAUUGGAGGCUCAAACUGCUAAAGCUGUGGACGAGCUUAAAUCUGCUGUUCAGUACCAGGGAAAAGGUGCGACGCAGAAGAGAAUUGCUGCACUUCGUGAACUGAGGCGGUUAUUGUCAAAGUCGGAGUUUCCUCCUGUUGAAGCUGCUCUGAAAGCUGGUGCAAUAACUUUACUCGUGCAAUGUCUUUCAUUUGGCUCUCAUGAUGAACAGUUACUUGAGUCUGCUUGGUGUCUGACAAACAUUGCUGCUGGAAAACCUGACGAAACAAAAGCUUUAUUGCCUGCACUGCCGUUACUUAUAGCUCACCUUGGAGAAAAGAGCUCUGUACCUGUGGCUGAGCAGUGUGCAUGGGCACUUGGCAAUGUUGCCGGUGAAGGAGAGGAGUUGAGAAAUGUUCUAUUGUCACAAGGAGCCUUGCCACCUCUAGCACGUAUGAUUUUGCCCAACAAGGGUUCUACAGUUAGAACAGCUGCAUGGGCGUUGUCAAACCUGAUCAAAGGGCCCGAGGCAAAAGCUGCAACAGAACUGGUCAAAGUUGACGGGGUACUUGAUGCGAUUCUUCGACACUUAAAGAAAGCGGACGAAGAAAUUGCUACCGAGAUUGCAUGGGUCGUUGUUUACCUCUCUGCUCUUUCAAAUGUCGCUACAAGUAUGCUCUUGAAGAGAGAUAUUCUUCAACUACUUAUUGAAAGAUUAGCAACCUCAAGUAGUCUACAACUCCUUAUCCCGGUUCUACGGAGUUUAGGUAACUUUGUAGCUGGAGAUUCUCAAACAACGUCAGCCAUUAUUGUUCCUGCACAGGAAACCACAGACAAUAUCAUAGGAGUGCUUGUAAAGUGCUUGAAAAGCGAGCAUCGGGUUUUGAAAAAGGAAGCUGCCUGGGUGCUAUCCAAUAUAGCCGCUGGCUCUAUCGAGCACAAGAAAAUGAUACAUUCUAGCGAGGCGACGCCAUUGCUAUUGCGUCUUUUGUCCACAGCACCGUUUGAUGUAAGGAAGGAAGCUGCAUAUGCGUUGGGAAAUCUAUGUGUAGGUCCUGCAGAAGGGAACACAAAACCAACUCUACUACAAGAGCAUUUAGUCUCUCUUGUCAGAGGAGGAUGCCUCACGGGUUAUAUCGACCUUGUUAGAUCUGCAGACAUCGAGGCUGCAAGGCUAGGCCUUCAGUUCAUCGAGCUGGUUCUGAGAGGUAUUCCAAAUGGGGAAGGUCCGAAGCUGGUCGAAAGAGAAGACGGCAUUGACGCAAUGGAAAGGUUUCAGUUCCACGAGAACGAAGAGCUAAGAGUUAUGGCGAAUAGCCUUGUCGAUAGAUAUUUCGGAGAAGAUUAUGGGAUCGAAGAGUAAACCCACCUUCUCCCUUUAUGGUUGUUGUUGUAACAGUUGUAACUUGUAAAACAGUUUUGUCCCUCUGUUGAAGAGAGUAUCUACUCCUUUGUUCAUUUGGACUGAUGCUUUGGUUAUUUUCAAACAUGA